GCUGUCUUUACCUUCAUCCGUCUCGACCUUCCUGCAAUCGAGAUUAGCGCAUCCUUGACCGUCAAAGCAGGACAUCAUCAGCUCAUGCAAAUUCCAUUUCAUACUCGCAUUCUCAUCUAUUUCUUGCAUUCAUUUGGUUCCUCGACGACAAUCCAAUUCGAACGCGUUUAAGCACUUUCAUUACCCAUCUCUCAACCACAAAGAUGGCUCCUCUCGCGGAAUGCAAGGACCCAAUUGAGCUCCCAGAUCCUUCUGUAUGGUCAGUCAAGGAAUUCAUCCCCGAUCUCGUAACACAUCCAGACACCCCGAUCGGCAAACUUCUCGAGCCAUACAAAGAUUUUGAGGCCCAACUCCGCAAGGCUUACGCCCGGCAGCCGACUCAUGAGGCUCUCAAGGAUGGCAAAAUCAAUUUGAUCCCCAUUUUCGACAAUAAAAAUGAACAGUCCCUCAAGAUUCGGGGUCGAUCCUUGGAUUCCGAGUCCGAUGAUGAGAGGUCAAGAUAUAUCAUGGAGUUGAAAGACGAAGCUCGCAAGCCAGAUAAUGCACCGGCUGUCGUCGCUUCCUUCAAGGACUUCCAGCAGAACUUCAACCUGUUCUCAGAAUCCUCAUUGUCAGACCUCGACUGGAACAAUGUUGUAGCCGCUGGGAGCUCAGUUACCACAGCACUUCUGCCUGUCCCUGAGAAGUGGGCCGGAAGUAAGAGAAGCAUGAGAGAGUAUUACCACGAGCACCUGGCACCAGCAAGCGAUGUCGACUUGUUUCUCUACGGACUCAAUGAGGAAGAAGGUCUUGAGAAGAUCAAGCAAAUCGAAAGAAAUAUCAAGGACAGCAUUCUCCACGAGACCACCACGAUCAGAACCAAGAACGCCAUCACUAUCGCCUCCCAAUAUCCAACACGUCAUGUUCAGAUUGUUCUACGUCUUUACGACUCUAUUUCCCAAAUCAUCACCGGUUUCGAUGUCGAUUGUGCAUGCUUGGCGUAUGAUGGCAGCCAGGUUUAUGCUGCCCCUCGAGCUCUGGCUGCUUUCGUCACUCAAUGCAACACGAUUGAUCUCACUCGACGUUCACCGUCAUAUGAAAAUCGUCUCUCCAAGUACAGUCGUCGUGGAUUCGAAGUUCACUGGCCCCUAUUGGACCGCACCAGGAUUGAUCCAACGAUCUUCGAGCGUUCAUUCGGCCGCACUCAAGGCCUUGCAAGAUUGCUUAUCCUAGAGAAGCUUCCCAAGACACAAGAUCGAGAUAAUUAUAUGGAUCAGCGUCGUGCUGAGAGAGGUCGACCCGCUUUGCAUCGAAAUUAUUACCGCAAGAUGGGUGGUAAUAUCAAGGAUCAGGAAGAAGACGAUGUUGCCGAAUGGGUUGAUCAUGAGGAAGUCGCAUCAUACCACACAAUGACCGUUCCUUAUGGUCCAAAGUACCACGCACAUAGAAUCAAUCGCCUCUUGUACGCCAAGGAUCUGCUUCUCAAUGCAGAAUGGAACAAACCCGAAGACCGCAAAGUCCACCUUCACAGACACCCAUGCUUCUUCGGCACGGCCGAGGAAAUCCUUCAAGACUGUUGCGGUUACUGCCCAGUUCCCAAGUCCGAUGAAGAAAUUGAAGUCGCUGAGGAAGAGAGCAAAGUCUACAUUUCUGGCCCACUAAAAUUCAUCAUGGAUGACCCUGGACGACAAGAAAUCGGAAGCUUCAAUCCCAUCACCGAUGAUGAAUGGACCACGAUGGCCUAUGUUGGCGACACUGCAAGACUUUGUCAAGCCAUAGUCGACGGUGAUCUUGAGCAUGUCGAGGAUUGGUGUUCCCAGGAAGGGGUUGAUGUCAAUCGACGAGACUACACUGGCAGAACUCCUCUCCAUCUUGCAGUCAUGACAUCCACGCCUCAAAUUGUCCAAUGCUUGAUCGAUUGCGGUGCGAGAUUGAUUGCACGCUUGGUCGAUGGGCGAACCGCCCUGCACCUCGCCGCUGCUCGCGGAAGCAAGGAGAUGGUCAAGGCGCUCAUGGACAGGAGCUUGGCAAAUGAAGAGGAGGAGGAUAAGGUCGAGGCUCGACGAGCUGCUCGAAAUCAUGCUAAGCAAGCCAAGACCGAUGCUAAAGCUGAUGAUGAGGGAAGUGAUGCUGAGUCUGAAGCAUCUGACCUCACGCUCGAGAGCGAGGAAUCUGACUCCAUGACCAUGGGCUCUUUCGUAAAGGUUGACAAGGAGAAGGAGAAUCAAGAUGACGGCGUUCCCGACGACUCCGCCGAGGAACCUGACAUUCUUGAGGUCGAUGUGAUUGCAUGGGACUAUGGUCUCUCACCCCUGCAUCUUGCUAUUCUCAAUGCACAUCUCGACAUCAUCGAACUGCUCGUGUCAGAGUAUGGUGCAGAUGUCCUACUUCCAGUCAAGCUUCUCGAGCCAGGCACAAAGAAUGCACGAGGAGCCAUCAUGACGAUCCUGUUGGCCAUGGCCCUUCCCACCGAGAAUGCAAAGGCAGUCGUGAAGCUUCUUCUGGACCUCGGCGCCACUUCCUCUCAAGCGGAUAUGAACCACACAUCGGUCCUUCACUACAUCGUUGCUCAAGACAAUCAUGAAAUUCUGGACCUGCUCCUUACCAAUGAUCGGCCGGUUGCGCGCAGUGUUCUCAACUGGAUGACUACACCGCCCUGGGGCAAUCAGGGUGAUACACCCUUAACGUCAGCCAUCUCAAUGGGACAUGAAAACAUGGUUUCGAAGCUCCUCUCGAUCGGUGCCAAGCCCGAAAUUUCGCAUGACAGCUGGGUCAAGACCUAUCUUAACAAGAACACAUGGGCGAGAACCCAAAGUCCAGAGGAUAUCAAGAAGCAGUUUAAUAGCAAUGUCAUCCAGCCUAUCAUCUCCGCUGCUGGCAAGGAAAUGGGCAAAACUAUCGAGGACCUCCUUGCACACGGUGCCGAUCCUUUGACUCUAGAGCGUUCUGCAUAUAGUGUCGUCCAGAAUCCUGAAAAUGCAAGGUAUACUGUCACCGAGUCGCUUUUGGACAUCAUUCAAAAGAAGCUCCAACUUCUUGGAGAGUGGAAGGAACCUUCCAGUGAGGAGCCGAAGUCGAAACGGAACUACUUUUCUAUCAACCAGUUGGUACACUACCGCCCCAGGAAGCCAGAGAAGCUCCGAGAUGAAUCCUAUUAUACGGAUGGCCUGACCCUCGGUACCUACGCACACUGGACCGCGCAGAGAGACUUCCGGCACACAAAGUACGCGAAUAAGAGGGAAUGGAAGGCACACGAGGACUACACCCCACCAGAGGCUGAGGAAGGUCUGGAGGAGAAGAAAGCAGCAAUUUCCAAGCUGAUCAAGGAGCUCGAGCACGCCGAGAUGACAUUGAUCGAAGCUGGAGGCAAGACUUUCGCUGAGCUCUAUCCAGACAUUCCGAAGCGCGAGGAAGCCAAGCAGCAGGUGUAUCCAGAGCCAAAGCCGACCUUUUACGAGACGAAACUUCGAUUCCGAGUGCCUGAUUUGAACGAUACCAAGAGUGAGGGCUACGUCAAGCUCUUCGAAGCAGCAUGGGACAAUGACCUCGAAAGAAUCAAGUCUUUGACACUUGGGAAAUGGUCCCUUGACGACGACGACAUGCCACUCAACUCGCCUCUCAAAAUCGCUGUUCAGGAUGGCAGUGGCUUCAGCCCUUUCUCAAUUGCUGUUCUUCGCGGCCAUCGUGAGCUGGCGAAAAAGAUUGUGGAGAUUUGUGCUACGCAGUAUCACAAGGAUGACGGGUUGAGCACUAAACAGCGGUUUCGCACUACCGCUGAUAGUGAUGAUGAAGAUUAUGAAGAUAAUGAGGAUGAAAAUUCCAAUGGCCUCCCCAUCUUCUCCGAAUUAGUCAACGACAAAUUCACAGUUGACAAUUUAGGCGAAGUCUCGAAUAUGGUCAAGAGCGACGUUUUGCCUCUAUCCAUGAUCGAAUGGCCUUGCCGGGCCCAGAGAUUCCUCGACUCGAAAAAGUCAAACCAUGGGGGAGAAAUCACUCUGCUGCAGCAUGCGGUUGAGGACGAGGAUAUGGACUUGCUGAAGUUCAUCAUCGAAAUUGGAGGAGAACAAAAGGCUCUUUUGGCUGAGGAUGAGGAUGAUCAGACAUGCUACACUGUGAGCAGCGCCGUCUUCUACGCUGCAGUCAAGCUUGGACGGACUGCCAUGUUGGCCGAGAUGAUCAAGGCAACUGGUGUAGGAAUCCCUCUGAAUGAGCUCAUUGCGACGAGCGGAGUUGAGAUCAAGACCAAGCCGAGAUACUAUCAAGGACUAAGCGUUGGAGGAAAGAAACGUGCUGAUUGGGCACAAGCUCCUGGUGGCUAUCAGAGAGUUGUCGAGGAGAAGACCCCACCUCUUCUGCAGGCUGCAAAGCUUGGGUCGAUCGACGCAGUGGAAUGGUUCAUGAGUGAUGCACCGAUGCGACGCUACAAGGAAUUCGCUGAGAGCAACAAGCAUGACAAGCGAAUUAAGACUUUGGAGGAAGCUGGAAAGGGCUUCGAUAAGACGAUAGGCUCCUGGUUGGCCAUGAAGUCCGAGUUGACUCUUCACUGCGCUAUCUUAUACAAUCCAGGUAAGGAGAAAGAGCACCCUGAAUACCUUGCUCUGAUCAAGCACCUCGUGUCCGUGGUUCCAGAUUGUCUCGAGCAAAAGUCAUCAGAAGGCUGGACACCGCUCCAUCUCGCCGCACACAUGCAUCGCGAAGACGUUGUCUCCUACCUCAUCUCCGUCGGCGCCAACCAACGUUCGCGGGACAAGGCAGGACGAAACAUGGCGCACAGCAUGCUUGUCGAUCAAGGCUACCAAACCGCCAGGAACGAUGAGAAAGAUGCAAAAGAGCUCAAACAACUUCUCGAGCUCUUUGACAAAGCGGCGCUCAAGGAGAUGCUUCUCGAGCGUUGUUCCCAAGCCCCAGGUGCAUUGACGCCCCUAGCAUACUGGAUGGCCAAGAAUGGUGGGGAUUACAAGAAAGCUGAUGUCGUCGAGGUGUUGACGAGCUAUUCUUCGGGCGAGGAACUCGAGAUGAUUAAUGGAGAGGGAGAUUUGCCUCUGCACGUCGCCGUCAAACAAGCCCUCACAACCAUAACAUUCUUCCUCCUAACCCUCAACUCCUCCCUCCUCCACCGCGAAAACAGCACCGGCCGCACGCCCCUCGAAAUGUCCCGCGAGAUCUACAUCGCGUCACAAGUCCAGUCUCCACCUAACAUUUCGAACGGAAAUCACUUCAAUCAAUAUCGUCCCAAUCAACAUGAUUAUAAUUCCGUUGUUAAUCGUGCCGCGUCUUCGUUUGUGAAGAAGGAAGAGGAGGAGAGCAAGAAGCGGACUUGGGAGGUUUGUCAGAGUAAGGAUGAGGAGCUGGUUGAGGGCGGUGGGGAAGGGAGGAAGAGAAGGCUGGUUAGUCUUUUUGAGGCGAAUGAGGUUGCGCGUAGGGUGGCGGGACUUAAGAGGGGAAGUGGAGGUGGGCAGAUGGUAGUUAAUGGCGGGUUGGUGGAGGAUGGGAAGCCGGAUAUUGUGAGUGAGUGGGCUGGAGAUUUGUAAAGCGUUUGGGCUUUCUGGAGGUAGCAGGCGUGGCAGGAUGGCUUGACGACGAUACGGCCGGUUUUCUGCUGCUUGAGUUGCUUUUUGGCAAACUUGUGAGCUCUCAGUCAUUACCAAAUCUCGUUCAAGUAGCUAGGUCGAAUGGAGUCCGUUUCACGGGACCCGAUUUAGAGUUUGUUUGUGUUACAAGUGGUGGAGCGACUCCUGAAAAUUGCUCGCUUACCGGGGACGCGUUCGUAUCGCUUAAGCUUCAACCAGCUUUCUUUGUCUAGUUUCGAGGUGAGUAGAUCAGUUUCUGGUGUGAAUUUAAGAGGAUAGGUGUCCAAGU